ACACGCCGUAUUCGCUUUGCCACUUGCGGCGGAAGCGCCACUCUCUCCUCUCCUCUCCUCCCUCCCCCCCACCCAUCCCCCGCGCCCCACGCGCCCACGUUGGCGGUGCGGUUGAUCCGGCAACAGCGGGCGCCUCCUCCUCCUCCGCCCCCAACCACCACCCCCACCCCUGCGGCGCCCAUGGGUGUCCGUUCCUGAGCACACCCCACGCUUCCGCUCCGCGCAUCUCCGUGGGUGGGUUGGGCAUAUACCUUGCUUCAGUCGCUUUCCCAUCUCUUGCUUCGUCCUGCCUUCUUCUUUCUUCCGUGAUCCCGGAACCCGGUGGUCGCCGCCGCCUCGGUGGAUCUUGCUCGGCCCUGCGGGGUGCUCAGUGAUCGCAUUUGAGAAGCUUAUUUGCACAAUGUCCUACACAAACUGUUUGAGGAGAUAUCCAGUUAGAGCCAUCUUUCCAUACACUAAUGCCAUCCUCCGAGCUUCUUUGGAGAAAGGAUCUCCGGAAAAGUCACUGACAGAUUACAACAGUAUGCUUCGUUUCACUGCUUUCUGCCCUGAUUACAGAACAUAUGUGCUCCUUCUCAAGGCUUGUGCAAAAUGUUCAAAUAUCUAUGCUAUCAUGGAAAUCCAUUCCCAUCUCGUUAAACUUGGCCUGCUAUCUAAUCAACGUAUAGUAACUCAUCUCUUCAAAUUAUACAUUGAUCAUGGUCGCGUGAUGGAAGCUUGCAAACUAUUUUGGCUAAUGCUGGAGUGGAGUGCCGAACCCUUUUAUGGAAAUUUGAUGCUCAUGGGAUUCUUGAAGUGUGGACAGAUAGACAAGGCAUAUCAGAUUUUCAAGAGGAUGCCUGUCAAGGAUUUGGUCUCAUGGAAUUCAAUGAUUGCAGGUACAGCAAGGAACUCGUGCCUGAAAGAUGCAAUGAAUAUUUUCAGCAAGUUGGUCAAUUCAGGUCUAGUGCCUGAUGGCUUCUCAUUCUCCUCAGUCCUAUCAGCUUGUGCUCAAGCUGGUGCCCGUUGUUAUGGUAUGUGGGUUCAUCAACUAAUGGCUGAACUGGGAUUGGAAAUGAACCAUAUUUUAAGUUCAUCACUUGUUGAUAUGUAUGCAAAAUGUGGAAGAAUUGACGUGGCAAUUGGGAUAUUCAUGACAAUUAAGAGAAACCAUGUCUCUGUAUGGAACACAAUGAUUGGUGGCCUGGCAGCACAUGGUCUUGGAUCUGAUGCGGUGAUGUUCUUCCGUGAGAUGGAAAGUGAAGGUCUUGUUCCUGAUGGGGUUACAUUUGUUGCACUCUUGACAGCAUGCAGCCAUUCCGGCAUGGUUGAAGAGGCUCGUCAAUACUUUGAAGCAAUGACUACAAAGUAUUCUAUCACUCCGAGGAUUGAACAUUAUGGUGCAAUGGUGGAUACUUUGUCACGAGCUGGGCUACUGGAUGAAGCAUAUGACUUGGUAAAGACAAUGAAUGUGAAACCUGAUGCUGUGAUAUGGAGGGCAUUACUCAGUGCUUGUUGCAGGUACCGGCAAACUAAACUAGGUGAGAUCACCGUCAAGGAGAUAGCGUUCCAGGGCAGUGGUGACUAUACCCUUCUUUCAAACAUCUACUCAUCUGCGAAUAGAUGGGAAGAUUCAGAGGAAGUAUGGAAAGAGAGGAAGAAAAAGGGAAUUAGGAAGAGCAAGGGCUUGAGUUGGGUUGAGUUAGGGAGGAGCACCCAUGAAUUUAAAGCUGGUGACCGAUCUCAUCCUGACACUGAUGGCAUUUAUAAAGUGUUGCAUCGGUUAUCAAACAAGGCCAAGAGUGAAGGAUAUAUUCCAUUGACUGAACUAGUGUCCAAAGAUGUCUCUGAGGAGGAAAGAGAAGAAAACCUUACCGUCCACAGUGAGAAGCUAGCGGUGGCAUAUAGUAUCCUUAAGACAAUGCCAAGGACAGAGAUAAUGGUGUCAAAGAAUCUGCAGACUUGCAGUGAUUGUCAUGAAUGGAUGAAGAUAGUCUCGAAGGUACUUUGUCGUGUUAUAAUUAUGAGGGAUAGAGUUCGAUUUCACCGUUUUGAAGGUGGAUGCUGCUCCUGUAAAGAUUAUUGGUAAUUCCUGUUUUGGAGACAGAUGCUGCUCCUGUAAAGACUGUUGGUCAGUACUGUUUGGAGAACUACAGAAUUGAUUUGUUUAGCAUCAUAUCAACAGUUCUGACAGGAGGUACAAGUAGAACCAGUGGAUAUAACUACAUUCCCUUGUGGAGUCAUGGGUGGUCUAUGUGACUAUGCCAAUAUAUGACCCCUAUAAUACAUGGUAUUAUCAUUUUGUCUGCACAGCAGGUGACAUGAAACAAUGGAAAUAUGGGUAAACCAGCGCACACAUA